CUCAUUCGUCGAAUUCACGAACUCGUGAGGUGACCGCAGAUUUGUUCUUACCAAUCUUUGACGACACUUGAAGAAAAAACAAUUUCUUUUAAAAGGAAUUCAUAGGAUGCAGCCAACGAGCUCGAUGAAUGAAGAAUUCUUAAAAAAAUGGCAAAUGGGACUCCAAAUUGUUCGUCCUUCGAUAGACAACACGAGCGUCUCCGAGAGAAAGAAAGCAAUAAAGCUCUCUGCAGAUAUUGCAAUGGCGUCUCUAAGAAAAGGAACGACUUGUUGGAGCCGAGCCCUAAUCCAGAAAACCGCCACCGAGGACAAUUUCCUCGUACGUCAGAUGCUCUCUGGCAUCAAAGAGGAAGCAUUAAUCAACAAGAGGUUGCCUAAGAAGGUUGUGUGCCAUAGGAAGAUCGUGAGACGAAGCAAGAAGAUCUUGAGGAGGAAAACAAAAUCAGCAUGUGAAGAGGCCGCAGCAAAAGCUAAGAAGCUCGUCAAGAGACGGACUCAAGGGUUAAGAAACGUUGUCCCCGGUGGAGACUUAAUGAGCAAUGACGUAUUGUUGCUACAAGAAACGUUAGACUACAUUAUGUCUCUUCAAACGCAAGUGAAUGUUAUGAGAAGUAUUGUUGAUGCUGCCGAGGCCGGAACUGAGCAGUAAAUUGUUUUUAUUUUUUUAACAGAGAUUAUUUGUGAAAACAUGAUGAUCAUCUUGGUCGGACCAUUGUUGGUUAAGUUGGGACCGUAUAUGAGUCCGAUAUUGCAAUUUUCAUACGAGGAUGGAGAGAUCUUAUAGUAAAGCCAUUUUUGUACAUAAAGGAAUUUAUACGACGCUUAUAGAA